GCAGUGCGGAGCGCAACGCGGCGUCGCCCCGGCCACCGAGCGGACCCCGGCGAGCGCAGCCCGCCGCGCGCGGGGCGGACCCACGGACGCGGACCCACAGCUGCCUGGCCUCCGGGCAGACUUUCCGCUGCGCAAUGGCCUCCCCGAAGAAGAAACUGCAGGGUCUCGUUGCUGCCACAAUCACACCAAUGACUGAGAAUGGAGAAAUCAACUUUUCUGUAAUUGGCCAAUACGUGGACUACCUUGUGAAAGAGCAGGGAGUGAAGAACGUUUUUGUGAAUGGCACAACAGGAGAAGGCCUGUCCCUGAGCAUGUCUGAACGUCGCCUGGUUGCAGAGGAGUGGGUGACGCAAGGGAGGAACAAGUUGGACCAGGUGGUGAUUCACGUAGGGGCACUGAGCUUGAAGGAGUCACAAGAACUGGCCCGACAUGCUGCAGAAAUAGGAGCCGAUGGCAUUGCUGUCAUUGCACCUUUCUUUCUCAAGCCAUGGAGCAAAGAUGUCCUGGUUAAUUUCCUAAAGGAGGUGGCUGCCAGUGCCCCUGAAUUGCCAUUUUAUUACUAUCAUAUUCCUGCCUUGACAGGGGUAAAGAUUCGUGCUGAGGAGUUGUUGGAUGGGAUUCAGGAUAAGAUCCCCACCUUCCAAGGGCUGAAAUUCAGUGACACCGAUCUCUUGGACUUCGGGCAGUGUGUUGAUCAGAAUCAGCAGCGACAGUUUGCUUUGCUCUUUGGGGUGGAUGAGCAACUGUUGAGUGGUCUGGUGAUGGGAGCAACAGGAGCCGUGGGCAGUACCUAUAACUACCUGGGAAAAAAGACAAACCAGAUGUUGGAGGCUUUUGAAAGGAAGGACUUCUCUUCAGCACUGAACUAUCAGUUUUGCAUCCAGAGAUUUAUCAACUUUGUAAUCAAACUAGGAUUUGGAGUGUCACAGACUAAAGCCAUCAUGAGUCUAGUCUCUGGAAUUCCAAUGGGCCCACCCCGGCUUCCACUGCAGAAGGCCACCAGGGAGUUCACUGAUCAUGCUGAAGCUAAACUGAAGAGCCUGGAUUUCCUUUCGUUCACUGGUUUAAAGGAUGGAAACUUGGAAGCUUGCAGCUAGUGUCUCUCUGUCCAUGAACAUGAGAAUAUUGAGGCCUAAUUACUGUGGAAAGCAUAUUCUUUACUCAGGGACUUUUUAGAUGAACUAAACCUCUUAUCCGAUGAAAUCUCACAUCAGUCAAUAAGUUUUUAAAUCUCUGUUUUGAGCCUAACAUAUUUUAUAUUGUGAAUAGGAGGGGGAAAUCUCUAAAAGGAGUCAGGAGCCCUAAGUCAUUCAUUUUACAAAAUUUUGGAGAGAAUUUUCAGUUUGUAUGGCUAAAAGGGAAUCCAGGAGAAAACUGUAAUUAAUUUAGUUUCAUCUGCCUUUGGGAGCUCCCAUUAUCUUGAUGACUAAUUCUUAUUAUUUUAAAGUUCUCUAAUUUUAAACUACUCUCACAUAGUUUGGUUUUAAUAGAUAUUCAUUUGGCAUCUAGGAACACUCUGAGCUGUUGCAGUUCGGCAAGCAGUUUAAUACUAAAUUCAAAAUGGUCCAACUCUACAUACCAUCUCACUUGGCUCCUGAGCUGUCUUCAUCACCACUGCACAGCUCUGCUUUCAGAAUAAGUUUGUACUGUUUACCCUCCAAUGACUGGGCCAGGUGAGAACUUGCUUCAGUUCCUCCAAAGGGACUUGUCGGGUGAUGCUAUGGUUCAGAGGUAGUUUGUUGCCCCAAGGAUUCAUCUGUGGAAAACUUAGUUCUCAGUGUGAUGAUACAGAAGAUGAUAGAGCCUUUAAGAGAUGGGACCUGCUAAGAGGUGCUUAAGUCAUGAGGACAGCCCUUCAGAUGUACUGCUGCUCUCCUUCAGGAGUUUUCUAAGACUAAGUUGUUCAAACAGCUUGAGUUGACUCAUCAGUUUUCACUGACUUUCUGACUGGGAUGCGAUCUCUCCACUCACCUAUGUUCCUGCCACAUGACACCAUCCACUAUGAAGUUUCACCGGAGCCCAGCAGAAAAUGGUGCCAUACCACUGAAGCUCUAGAACUAUGAGCUAAAUAAACCUCUUUUCUUUAUAAAGGUA